GCAUCUCUACAGCAUGAAACCCCCAUUUAAUUUGCAGCUCAGCCCAUAUCUACCUUCAAGCAAGAACGUCGUCCGUGCCACGUUUCCUAUUGACUUUCAAUGCCUGGACUGGCUCGUGCUAAGAUAAAGGAACUCUCAAAACGCGCUACUGAUGGGUUAUACAGUAGAUCAGACCCAUGCAUCUGGGUACGUGUCCAUACAUGCAAACUAAGCCGCUCUGGUAAAUACCCUCUUGCCGCCUAUGUUCGACUAGAGGCCAUCUAUGAGUUCUGUCUAUACCUUGCUUGCUUGCUUGCUUGCCAGCCAGCCAGCCAGUUGCCUACUUAUUCCCCGACAGUCCGAACUCAAGCAGCUUACCUUUUAGCUCUUGCAAGGGGACUGGGGCUAUUUAAUUCAAUUCGUGUCUAUUCCGGAUUUAUCGAGGAACCGAUAAAACAGCAUUGACCGACUUAUGAUGAGAUACUGAUAAUACCCAGUAGCUUCAAAGGUCCCUUGUAAGCAUUCGUUGUGUAGAAAGUGAGUACAUAAGCGUGGCGGUUGGAGCGUGGUCAUGUGGCAGGACGAGUGUCUUUGAUCUAGUAGAGUCGCACCUGCUCUUCCUCUCAACUAAUUCACUACUCCAUACGUCCAAACCUCUUCC